AUGGAUAAAGAAAAAGGUAAACUGUGGGAAAUAGUAGCAGGAUAUAAAGGGGAAAUCAAGCUUUUACAUACAAAGGAUAUAGUGGUUAAUAAUGAGUUUCAGACAUUUAAAGACAUUAUUAAUAGGAUUGGACGUGAAGACGAAAGACAGAAGACUUUCGAAACGUCCCCCUCUACACUUGUGUCUCUUCAACAGGUGAGUAAUAUGUUCAUCAUGAGUCUGGCGAUCGCUGAUCUCACAGUUGGAAUGAUAGUUAUGCCCAUCAGCUCGGCGUAUGCUAUUACAGGAAAUUGGAUGUUUGGAAUAGUCGUGUGUCAGUUCUGGCUGUCGAUGGAUUAUACUGCUAGCACGGCUUCCAUCUUAAACCUGUUCAUCUUGAGCUUGGAUCGUUACUGGUCUAUAAGGUCCCCUUUAAAGUACCUGCGAAAAAGGACUAAAAAGAGGGCGCUAAUAAUGAUUGGGGUCGCGUGGCUUGUGUCGGCUAUGUGGAUCGUCCCGAUCAUUGGCUGGCACUACUGGUACAAUGACGGUGUUCGAAAACAGCCUGAAGAAGUCUGUGAAACGGAAUUUGCCGACAACGUCCUUUUUAAAUUGUCUACGUCGACGGCAAAUUUCUACGUCCCGAUGGUUCUGAUGAUAUGCUUGUACGCAAGGAUCUUCCACGAAAUUAAAAAACGCAGUAAAUUUGAGAUUGGUCAGUGCAACACAGGCGGAGGAGGACCUAAUGAUGAAAAUAGGUUCUCUGUAGAAGAUAACGUUCCAGAUCAAACACGGCCACUGAGGAGCACUCGUUGGAGGAAUGGCCGCAGUCUCAAGAAUAGAGACGCCUGUCGAAAACGGAUUUGUACUUCUUCUUUCGACGACGAAUAUGAGGAUUAUGGGGUUGUUGAUAAGCGAGUAGGCCUAAACUGUUCUCGAAGUAACGAUUUUGUACAGGUAGCUUGUCCCAGAAAGCAUCGUGAAAACUACGGAAGUCGAAGAGCUUGCAUCCAAACGACGAGCAGGGAUUCUGAUAUCAGCUCAUGCUUUCCAAAACAGUCUUCCAAAGAUCGAGAGUUUCGGGACAUGACAGUUGUGAUGCUUCCGUCGCCGGAAUACAGCAAAAGAGAUCUCGAAACGUCGGUUUUCAAACAGAACUUUGACGAAACUGCUGAGAAAAUGGAGUUCCUGCCUGACAACGGAACUAAAAUGGAGUUCCUGCCUGACAACGGAACUGAUGAACGCGAUACGAUGUUGCAAGAAACUGAGGCGAGCGGAAACUACCCCACCGCUAUCACGCUUGAUAGGAAAAGAACCAGCAAGUUGAAGGACACCAGAGAGACUGUUUCUGAGAUCAAAUCUAAACUGUGUCAACCAACAUUACGAAAAUCUCGGAAAACUUUCUUCAACCGUAAGAAGAAACAAACAACUUUAGAACUGGUUCAAUUGUAUUCUUCUGACGAAUCAAGCAGAAGAGGCUCUGGUAAAUCUAGAUAUGAUCCCGAAAUAGUAUCCCUUGACCACCAUAGGUCGUUAGAUCGAUUUGAUUCUGUUCCCUCUCGGUCUGUCAGCCGUUUGAGUCUCAGGCAAGGUACCCGAUUCUUACCAAACCUUACAACCGCACUGCGCAUGCGUGUGACAAGAAAGAACAUGGCGUCUUCCUUACGACAAGAGAAGAAGGCAGCACGUCAACUGGGAGUUAUCAUGGGUGCCUUCGUAUUGUGCUGGCUACCUUACAUAAUAUCUUUCAUUGUUACUGCUUAUUGUGAAGACUGUAUAGACCCCAAAAUUCAUACCGCUACCAGCUGGUUAGGAUACUUGAAUUCUACCAUGAACCCUUUUCUCUACGCGUUAUGUAAUGAUAACUUUAAAAGGUCUUUCAAGAAAAUGUUCCGAAGAGGUUCCACGAAUUCCAUGUUUUUUCCAACUUCAGCAAACGCUAAACCCGAUCACUUAUUUGCCUAA